AGUGUGUGCGUGUGUCUGGGGGGCGGGGCGUGCAUUCGUGUGGAGCGUGUCAGGGUGACCGGGGGAACCGGAGCCGUGCGUGUCUCUGUGCCUCUGCACGCCCGCGCCCUGGCCACGCGUGUCCGCGCGCCGGCACUGCGGCUGGGUGGGCGUGGCCGCCCCGCCCCGCCCGGCACCUGGGGCCGCCCCCGCCCCGCCCCGCCCCGCCCCGCCCGUGGAUGCUCUCGGGCAGCGGCGGCCGCGGCGCCCGGGUGGCGGGGGCAUGGCGGCCCCGGACAGUUGUGUUAAGGUGGCCGUGAGGAUCCGUCCUCAACUGGCCAAAGAGAAAAUAGAAGGAUGUCACAUCUGUACCUCAGUGACACCCGGCGAGCCCCAAGUGCUGCUGGGGAAGGACAAGGCGUUCACCUAUGACUUUGUCUUUGACCUGGACACAUGGCAGGAGCAGAUCUACACAACGUGUGUGGGCAAGCUCAUCGAAGGCUGCUUCGAGGGCUACAAUGCCACUGUGCUGGCGUACGGCCAGACUGGCGCGGGGAAGACUUACACCAUGGGCACUGGCUUCGACAUGAACAUCUCUGAGGAAGAGCAGGGCAUCAUCCCACGGGCCAUCGGCCACCUCUUCAGUGGCAUUGAGGAGCGCAAGCGGGCGGCGCAGAGUCAGGGCGUGGCAGCACCGGAGUUCAAAGUCAGCGCCCAGUUCCUGGAGCUCUACAAUGAGGAGAUCCUGGACCUGUUUGACAGUGCCCGUGAUGCCGACACACGCCACCGCAAAUCCAACAUCAAAAUUCAUGAGGAUGCCAGCGGGAGUAUCUACACCACGGGGGUCACAUCACGCCUCAUCAGCUCUCAGAACGAGCUGAUCCAGUGCCUAAAACAGGGGGCUCUUUCCCGCACCACCGCCAGCACCCAGAUGAACGUGCAGAGCUCCCGAUCCCAUGCCAUCUUCACCAUUCACCUGUGCCAGAUGAGAGUGUGCACCCGCCCGGAGCUGGUGAACGGGGAGGUGACCAGCCUCCUGGAUGGAGCCCAGCCCACCACCGAGUACGAGACCCUCACAGCCAAGUUUCACUUCGUAGACCUGGCUGGCUCAGAGAGGCUGAAGCGAACGGGUGCUACCGGCGAGAGAGCAAAGGAAGGCAUCUCCAUCAACUGUGGGCUGCUGGCCUUGGGGAACGUCAUUAGUGCCCUUGGAGACCAGAGCAAGAAAGUUAUGCACGUGCCCUACCGUGACUCCAAGCUCACACGCCUGCUGCAGGAUUCCCUUGGGGGCAACAGCGAAACCAUCAUGAUUGCCUGCGUGAGCCCAUCUGACCGGGACUUCAUGGAAACCCUGAACACACUCAAGUAUGCCAACCGGGCUCGCAACAUCAAGAACAAAGUGGUGGUGAACCAGGACAAGACAAGUCAGCAGAUCAGUGCCUUGCGGGCCGAGAUCGCCCGCCUGCAGAUGGAACUGAUGGAGUACAAGGCGGGCAAGCGGGUCAUCCAGGAGGAUGGCUCAGAGGGCUACAGUGACCUUUUCCGUGAGAAUGCCAUGCUGCAGAAGGAGAACAGCACCCUGCGCAUGCGAGUGAAGGCCAUGCAGGAGGCCAUCGAUGCUAUCAAUAGCAGGGUCACCCACCUUAUGAGCCAGGAGGCCAAUCUGAUGCUGGCCAAGGCAGGUGACGGUAAUGAAGCCAUUGGUACCCUCAUCCAGAACUAUAUCCGGGAGAUUGAAGAGCUGAGGACAAAGCUCCUGGAGAGUGAGUCCAUGAAUGAGUCUCUGCGUCGCAGCCUCUCGCGUGUCUCUGCCCGGCCCCCAUACUCCAUGGGCUCAUCCCCAGCAUCUGGCUUGGCUGGCCUGUGCAGCCCCACUGCUCCGGUGGAGACAGAGGCCUCUGAUGUCCUCCAGCGGGCCAAGCAGGACCUGGAGCGCCUGAAAAAGAAAGAGAGAAGGCAACAGAGGAAAAGCCCGGAGAAGGAAGCAUUUAAGAAGCGUCAGAAACUGCAGCAGGACAACGGGGAGGAGACGGAUGAGAAUGAGGUGGAAGAGGAGGAGGAGGAACAGGACGAGAGUGGCUGUGAGGAAGAAGAUGGACAUGAGGAUGAAGAUGAGGACUCGGGCACUGAAGAGAGCCUGGUGGACUCAGAUUCGGAUGCAGAGGAGAAGGCCGUGAAUUUUCAGGCCGACCUGGCAGAUCUGACUUGUGAGAUAGAGAUCAAGCAGAAGCUGAUUGAUGAGCUGGAGAACAGCCAGCGACGCCUGCAGACCCUCAAGCACCAGUAUGAGGAGAAGCUGAUCCUGCUGCAGAACAAGAUUCGGGACACACAGCUGGAGCGGGACCGUGUGCUGCAGAACCUCAGCACCAUGGAGUGUUACACGGAGGAAAAAGCCAACAAGAUCAAAGCAGACUAUGAGAAGCGGCUGAAGGAGAUGAACCGGGACCUGCAGAAGCUCCAAGCAGCCCAAAAGGAGCAUGCUCGCCUGCUCAAGAACCAGUCCCGCUAUGAGCGGGAGCUGAGGAAGCUGCAGGCAGAGGUGGCCGAGAUGAAGAAGGCAAAGGUUGCACUGAUGAAGCAGAUGCGGGAGGAGCAGCAGCGGAGGCGGCUGGCAGAGACGAAGAGGAAUCGGGAGAUAGCGCAGCUCAAGAAGGAGCAGCGCCGGCAGGAGUUUCAGAUCCGGGCUCUGGAGUCUCAGAAGCGGCAGCAGGAAAUAGUGCUGCGGAGGAAAACCCAGGAGGUCUCAGCGCUUCGCCGUCUUGCCAAGCCCAUGUCAGACCGGGUCGCAGGCAGGACAAGCCAGAAGCCAGCCAUGCUGGACUCGGGUGCGGAGGUCUCGGCCAGCACUACCUCCUCUGAGCCAGAGUCUGGCGCUCGCUCAGUCUCCAGCAUCGUGCGCCAGUGGAACAGGAAAAUCAACAACUUCUUGGGAGACCCCUCGUCCUCCAUGAAUGGGGCUCGGCCUGCCAGGAAGAAGUUCCCCAAGAAGGGGACAAGCCAGACCUUCAGCAAAGCUGCCCGCCUCAAGUGGCAAUCACUGGAACGGCGCAUCUUCGACAUUGUCAUGCAGAGGAUGACCAUUGUCAACCUGGAGGCUGACAUGGAGCGUCUCAUCAAGAAACGCGAAGAGCUGGCGCUGCUGCAGGAAGCAUUGCUGGGCAAGAGGGCAAAACUGCAGGCAGAGAGCCCCAAGGAGCAGAAGGGGCUGCAGGAGCUGAACGAGGAGAUCGAGGUGCUGGGGGCUAACAUUGACUACAUCAACGACAGCAUUUCCGACUGCCAGGCCACCAUCAUGCAGAUCGAGGAGACCAAGGAGGAGCUGGACUCCACGGACACCUCGGUAGUAAUCAGCUCUUGCUCCCUGGCCGAAGCCCGGCUCCUGUUGGACAACUUCCUGAAGGCCUCCAUCGACAAGGGGCUGCAGGUGGCACAGAAGGAGGCCCAGAUCCGCCUGCUGGAGGGGCGCCUGCGGCAGACAGACAUGACUGGCUCCUCGCAGAACCACGCCAUCCUGGAUGCCCUGCGCGAGAAGGCUGAGUCGCACCCUGAGCUGCAGGCCCUGAUCCACAAUGUCCAGCAAGAGAACGGCUACACUAGCACAGACGAGGAGGUCUCAGAGUUUAGCAUGGCUUCAGAUGGGAGCGUCUCCCAGUCUUUCACCAUGAAGGGCUCAGCAAGCCAGGAUGACUUCAAAUUCAAGGGAGAGCCCAAGCUCUCAGGGCAAAUGAAGGCAGUGUCAGCUGAGUGUCUAGGACCCACGCUGGAUGUCUCCACCAAGAACAUCACCAAGUCCUUGGCAUCCCUCAUGGAGAUCAAAGAAGAUGGGAUCAGCUUCUCCACCCGAGACCCCUAUUACAAGGAGAAAGUGUCACGUACGAUCAGCCUGCCCACACGAGGAAGCACCUUUCCCAGGCAAUCCCGUGGCUCAGAGACUUCUCCUCUGACAAGGAGGAAAUCCUAUGACCGUGGGCAACCUGCCAGGCCUCCAGAUGUUGGCUUCACCCCUCCCUCAUCCCCACCCACCCGUCCACGCAACGAUCGCAAUGUCUUCUCUCGUCUCACCAGCAACCAGAGCCAGGGGUCUGCCUUGGAUAAGUCUGAUGACAGCGAUUCCUCUGUCUCGGAGGUGCUGAGGGGCAUCAUUAACCCAGUGGGUGGCACCAAGAAUGCCCGGACAGCCCCGCUACAGUGUGUCUCUGUGGCAGAAGGACACACCAAGCCUGUGCUCUGCCUGGAUGCCACCGAUGAGCUGCUUUUCACUGGGUCCAAAGACAGGAGCUGCAAAAUGUGGAACCUGGUGACAGGCCAAGAAAUUGCUUCCCUCAAGGGUCACCCAAACAACGUAGUUUCCAUCAAGUACUGCAGCCACACGGGGCUGGUGUUCACUGUAUCCACGUCGUACAUCAAAGUGUGGGACAUCCGGGACUCAGCCCGGUGCAUCCGCACCCUCACAUCUUCUGGACAGGUGAUCUCUGGGGAUGCAUGUGCUGGGACCACCACCCGCACUGUCACCAGUGUGCAGGGGGAGCACCAGAUCAACCAGAUUGCUCUCAACCCCACUGGCACCAUGCUCUACGCUGCUACUGGUAACUCCGUCCGCAUCUGGGAGCUAAGCAGGUUGCAGCCCAUCGGGAAGCUGAGUGGCCACAUCGGGCCUGUGAUGUGUCUCACGGUAAACCAGACGGCAAGCAACCAUGACCUGGUGGUGACAGGCUCCAAAGAUCACUAUGUCAAGGUGUUUGAGAUUACUGAGGGCAUGGUGGGCAAUAUUGGCCCCACUCACAACUUUGAGCCCCCUCACUACGAUGGCAUCGAGUGCCUGGCCAUCCAGGGAGACAUCCUCUUCAGCGGCUCCAGGGACAACGGCAUAAAGAAGUGGGAUCUGGAGCAGCAGGAGCUUACCCAGCAAAUCCCCAAUGCCCACAAAGACUGGGUCUGUGCCCUGGCCUUCAUCCCCGGCCGUCCCAUGGUGCUGAGUGCUUGCCGAGGAGGCAUGAUCAAAGUUUGGAACGUGGACACCUUCACCCCAGUGGGGGAGAUCAAAGGGCACGACAGCCCCAUCAAUGCUAUCUGCACCAACUCAAAGCACAUCUUCACCGCCUCCAGCGACUUCACAGUGAAGCUCUGGAGUGGAAGGCGGUUACCCGUGGGGUCAAACUAGGAACUGCAAGAAGACUGGAAGACAUGACAGGUCAGGGUACCUCUCCCUUGCUGUCGAGACCUGGUCAUCUACAGGAGCUCAGCCGGGGAUAGGGAUUUCUUUGUGCCUGACCCAACGGGGUGGACCAUGUCCCAUCUGGUACUGUAAGCACUGUCAGCUCCUGUGAGGAGGCAGCUCUGUGGGACACUGUCAGCUCCACCUUCCCUCCUGCUGAGGUUUCUUGAUGGUUUUCCAGUGACCAGGCAAUCCUUCAUCUGUCUUCUUACCUACCCUGCUGUAAUGCCUGCUGGGACUUGUGGGGCUCAGAGCUCCCUUGGCUCCUUCUCAGAGACAUCCGGUUCCCUCCUGCCACCAUGCACUCACGUGGCCUUCGCCGUGAUGUGCUGCUCCUGUCCCUGCUGGCUCCUGGGCUGAUUCCUGCAGUCUUUCUCCACAGCCACGAGGACAUUUGGUGUCUGCUGGCCAGGACCACAGCAUAGAGAGGCUGCUUCUCGGGAGAUGUUACUUGUGGGACAGCCUCUCUGCUGUGGGGGGUCUGCAGAAGGAUUUCCAGGUAGUCCCAUCAUUGCCCAUCCUCUGUCUACCUGUCCCCAGCAGCUGGAGGUGUGCACCUCUGAGCUCCUUUGCCAUGUCCCAGCUCCGCAGGCGUGGCCAGCCUGGGAGGAUCUCCAUCAGGCAACGUCCAGACAAACCUACUGCAAUUCCCUUCGACAUUCUUCAAACUCCAGUCAUAAAGUCAGCUGACCCAUGGCUCUUGAGCUCUUUCCCGUGUGCCCACCCUGCUUUGCAGUGGGGAAGGGAUGCUUAGUCCUGCUCGUGACACCUUGUCCCUCAGCAGGGGUUUUGUGGUGGAUUCCUGCAGCACGUUAACCCCUUGAGAUGGAGAAAUGAAGCAAGAACAGAGGUUACAGAACAAAGAAGCCAAGGCUGGAUUUGUCACCCCCACCCCUGUGGCCCAUCUCAUUUUGCCGUUACUGGGAGCUGGAAGUUGUAAAUCCUUCCCCCAGGCUGCUUUCAGCUCUUUACCUGGGAGGGGGAUAGCUCAGUUUUGGCCCAUCAGCCCCCAUGGAUCUGGGAGCCAGAGAGGGCCCAGCGAGGUGUGGAGCAGCUGGAGGAUGGGCCAGGUUGGAGCCAGCUGUGCCAGGGGCAGGGUGAGGAAGGGGUUGCACACACUGGUCUUACACAAGUUCCCUGAUUGACCCCAUGCCUGAAGGACAAUCCUGCAGUGGAUGAUCUUGCACAGUCUAAUCUCCAUGAAAGGCUGGAGGCUCCAUCCAGGAGUGUUUCCCCAAGGAUGCAGCUUCUCCAGGCUCCCUCCUCCCUCUCCUCCUGUUCAAGGUCUCACACUAGAGCUUUUCUCCAUCUCUCCUGUAGCUCGCUGGACCAGCCCCUGCUUUGUGCUGCCCUGGGCUAGGCAGGGCUUCUCAUGGGAUGGCCAAGGAGACCCCAGGAUCGGUGCUUUUGCCUCACAUGCUCUUGCUUCCCCUCUGUCACAGAAGAAGCAGCAUUUGAACUCAUUUAAGGAUUUUUCCACAUGGUCCCACAAGCACUGAACUGCGAUCUUGGAGGCCAGGGGCUCCAGGACCUGCCCCAUAAAGCACAGACUGUUUUCCCUCUGCUUUCUCUAACCAUGGUAACUUGUGUACUAGCCCCAGAUCAUUUGCCACCAGCCCUUGUUAAAACUAUUCUCGGUGGAGUGUGGAAAUUCCUCUGCAUCCUGAAAGACAGGUUCAUGUCUAUUGAUUUGAAGGGGGAGGGGGGGAUGACACUGAACGACAGGGAUGUGACACAGCUGGGGAGAUGGAUGGACAGAUGGACAUGGACACACGCAUCCUACUGGCUUGCCUUGGAGGAGAGUGUGAUGGCGUGUGUGGCUGUGACCCUGCCCAGGACAGUGACUGGUCCCUUGUGAUCAGCUGACCCUGCACAGCAUGGGACCAGCAGCUCUGUUGAGGCAAAGACCCCUCCUGCUGCAGCUGGAGGAGAAGUGGUGUUAGUGCCAGCAGCUCUGGGCUGUGCGCUUUGCUGGUCUGGAUGGGGCAAACAGAAAUGCACAGGGCACCAUGGCCAUCAAAGUCAUGCACAGUUGGGGGGGGUGGAGGUGUUACCCUCCAAACCUGUCUUGAAGAGGGUUUCCCGGCUCGUUCCUCAGCCAGUUUAACCUUUGCUUGGCUGGAGGCAGGGGCAGGAUAGGGGCCUGUGUGUGUUUGACUGUCUAGACAGACGUACCAUGUGCAUCGGCGUCUGCACCAAGAUCUGCCAGUGCAUGACUUCUCCCUGGUCCCUUCUCAAGUUGGUGAAGGGACCUGCUCUUGGGGGACUUGGGGUCAGACUGCCUUGGCUUUCGCCACCAGUUUCUUCCUGUGUGUAGGCUGCAAGUGCCUGCUUCGUUUCCUAGAGCUGAGUGGCCAAUCCUGGAUGAUGCUGAGCAUCCACCUUGCUGCUACAUCCAGCAGUGUGUUGCAGGGGCUUCAAGCCUUUCACAGCCUGCAAGUGGAGAGAGCUGGGUGCUCCCCCUAGGAGAGGGAGGUCUUUGAAGCGAGGGGUGACUGAUCACAUAGGGGUGGUGGGUGGGGGUGGUGUGUGUGUCUUUCUUACUAUCUGUGUGGGUUGAUAUUUCCUAUGGAGGAGAGCAACGGUGCAAGCUGGGUGCUCUCGUCAUUGGGUUUCAUUUUGGAGAUGGGGUGGAGAGUUUGUGAUGUUACCUUUUUAUCUUAAUUACUGUUAUUGUUAUGGUUUUAACACUUGAAUUCAUCCUGGGGACGUGUGGGCUCACUCCCACCUCGCUGUAUGUCUGAGCCAUGCCUCCUGUCCCUCUCCCUGCCUCCUCCUGGGCAGCGCAGAAGGACCAGCAUCCUCCUCCCCACUGUGCUCACAGCUUUCACUUUUGCAGUGGGAUCCCCCAGCUGAAUUGCAACACUGAGAUUUUGUUCCUGUUGCUCAUGGGAUGCUUGGCAUCGUUGCUGUUAGUUAUUGGGUUGAUUUGCAGCCUGGAACUGGUCCCUCUUGUCCCUUUGAAGCAUGGAAAGGGACUUCUGAAAGGCUCAGCUCAGCCUGUAUUCCUGCCUCUGCUCUCACAGAUACUCCCUGCAGGUGCAGUGAAGCCCUUCUUGUCCAUGCGAAGCACACUGCUGGAAUGGGCUGGUCCUAGUCCCCAUUUUCCAGAGCCUGCUGUAAUUUGGUGGUAGCCUCGAGCAGCAGGGAACUGGUGCUGUAAAAGUCCGUGGGCAGGGUGGAGGCAAUCUGUGAGAGAAGCUGACUCAUGUUGUGAUGUUUGAUUUUUUUCACUCCCAAAACACAGUUGAAUCUAGGUUCUGUUCCAGGCACUGAACAUAAACUAGGGUAGCCCUGGAGUCCUCAGGUUACCCUCUAGUCCGAGCUGGGGAGCCAACACAGGGCUGUACCCCAUUCCUCUUGCACAAUGGAGUUUGGGAAGGGGCUUGCAGCUCUGAGCUACAGUCAGUUGAGGGGGGGGGGGGGGGAGUUACCCCAAACACUAAAGCACAAGGUCCCAACGUGCAGGUGGUCUAGCAAAGGUGGCCCCUUGGACUCUGGUCCUUCAGAACUCAGAUUGGGGCCAUGGGCUUGGACAACAAAAGUAGAGGUGGGCCUAGGGGGAGGGCUGUUUUUUUACUGGAGGAAGCAAGUGAGCUGUUUCAUCCUUUUGCACUGUGCUGGGGUGCUCCCCUGGGUCUCGGGGCUUGCACUGCUUGCAUAGCUGAAGUCCAUCUUGUAGUUUCUGAGUCUCUCUACCAGCCUGUCUAUUGCAGGAACAGUUUGGAGCUGCCUUUGCACUGUGCGCCUCGCUUUCCUUUGCCCUUGAGUACUUUGAUUUGUGUUGAGGGUGUUAUGAUGCCUGCAGUCCAGGGAGGUCUGUCCUUUCUUUCCUCAAAUUGCUGGGUGAUGCUUUUUUCCCUGGGCCCUAACUCUUGCUCUAUGGGUCUCUUCCCUCCAGCACAAAGGGCCAGCUCCAGCCUUUGCUGAGGGUGUAGGUGCUGCCCCAGAGUUAAGCUUUGCACACAGUGGGUGGAGAUGACUCAGAAGUCCAAAAGCACUGGGCCCUCAAACCACUGUGAGCCCUCCCAGGAAGCCUGGACAGUGCCCCCUCCCUGGCACCCACAGCUCUUACGGCAGAAAAGGACAGGCUGGUGGUGCAUCUCUCAGUCUGGCCGCCUGCAAGGAGCUGGAGCAUCAGGGUCCUGUCCCCCCAGGUGUGUUGUUCCUCCCCAGCACCUCUGAGCACAGAUGCUUUGGGGUCUCAGACGCUGCCUCCUGCCUUGAUACUGCAGAACCAGUGCCUGCUCUCCAGGGUGCUCUCCUGCUGUCCCUAUCCCUGUCCUUCCCCUGUCCCAUGCUGGAUGGGGUCCAAGUACAAUGCCUGCAGAGCACAGGGCUCCCACUUGCUUUUCAGCAAGCUCACUGCUUUGCUCUGUCCUGCAGGCUACACCCCCUCCCUGAGCCCCCUGCACCUUUCUGGUGGGGGGAAGGGAACUCCUGGCCCUGGCCCCUCCAUCUGCUGUAUCAAGCUCCAGCUGUAACUGGGAGGGAGCCCUGUACAGCCCCAACCCUGCCAGGCCCUGGCCUGGCCUCCUGGGCCUUGCCCCCAGAAAAGCACAGCCCUGCGCCUUCCUCCUGCUCCCAGGAGCUUGUCCCCUCAUCUGUAACAGCUCUGUCCCUGGCACCUGCCAGCUGUUCCACAUCCCCCGUGUCCUGGGACCACCCAGUACCUUCAGGUCCAGCCCUGCGGCAGGGCUUGGGCAGCUGCAGCACUAUGUUGCCUGCUCCAUCACCUCUUGCUGCUGCACAAGUAUUGCAAAUAGCGGGUGCCUUUUCUUGGUCAGAGUUGUUUUCUAGAGGCCAUCUCUUGUGAAGGCUUUUUUUUUUUUCCCCUCUGCUGGGUAAUGCAGCCCAGCCCACUGGUUUGAAUUUGUUAGAGAACAAGGCAUGUACAUAUAUUUUAUACCUCGAUGUGUUCCUGUAAAUAGUGUAAGUUAUUUUGGUCUCAAGCUGUACAUGUUUUUUCAAUGGCUGUGUUUGUUCCUUGCGUUUUUGUCUUCAUGAAUAAAAUAUACUGAGAUGAAGUGA